AUGGCGGCCACCAUGAAGAAGGCGGCUGCAGAAGACGUCAAUGUUACUUUCGAAGAUCAGCAAAAAAUAAACAAAUUUGCUCGGAAUACGAGUCGAAUCACAGAGCUAAAGGAGGAAAUAGAAGUGAAGAAGAAACACCUCCAGAACUUAGAGGAUGCCUGUGAUGACAUCAUGCUGGCAGAUGACGACUGCUUAAUGAUUCCCUACCAGAUCGGAGACGUUUUCAUCAGCCACUCUCAAGAAGAAACACAGGAAAUGUUAGAAGAUGCAAAGAAAACUUUGCAAGAAGAGAUCGAUGCCUUAGAGUCCAGAGUGGCGGCCAUCCAGCGGGUGUUAGCUGACCUGAAGGUGCAGCUAUACGCGAAAUUUGGCAGCAACAUAAACCUCGAGGCAGAUGAAAGCUAAACAUUUUAUAAUACUUUUUUUUAAA